CAGCGGGCUGGGGCUGCUAUGAACUGCACAGGUUGGUGUUAAUGAAUUGUUAGCUCGCCCGAUAUAUAGCAGAAUUAUGUGUAAUUGGAUCUACUAAUCAUUACGAUGACGUCUUAUCAAAUCAGAUUAUCUGUUUAAAAACCCUUCGCAUUCAUAUCUGUCUUUCAGUGUCGUGAAUGUUUUCUUAGAACGGUAUAGUGUAGAUCGACUAUAAUAUAUAUUUGUUAUAUAUUAUUUAUUGGCUGUUCAGAUACAGCUAGUAAGACUUAUGCACCAGUUCAAAUAAGUUCCUAAGGGUCACGCAGCAGCGGCGCGGCGGGGCCGUGUUCGAGCACCGUGAUGCCGGGUCUCAAGCUCCUUACGACGGUUAUUUGCAUCUUCAUCUCACAUGUCUUGGCAACAGAAGAAUUUAAUGUCACUGACGAAACGGUGUAUUUAGCUGUAGUCAAUAAAAAUGGGGACAUAGUUUAUAUGAAGGAAGAGUUGUCGAGAAAGUUGGAGGAGGAGCGAGAUGUGUGGCACUGGACGCCGUGGAUGCGCACAAGAACAGAACUCUAUGAUAAUGUCUUAGCCGAGUCAUCGUGUGUCGAGGGUAAUUCGAUCGAGAGUUUUCCCGACGGAUUAUUUAACGACGAUCAAUUGCGAGCAGGAGCGUUCAUCCUAUAUGCGAUCUUUGGCAUAUAUUCGUUCACACUGCUGGCUAUAGUAUGCAACGACUUUUUUAUACCGUGCGUGGAAAAUAUUUGCGAUGAUUUAAAAAUACCACAGAAUGUAGCAGCAGCGACGUUCAUGUCAGUGGCGACCUCGGCUCCGGAAUUCUUCGUUAACGUCAUCGCUACGUUUAUCACCGAAUCUGACAUGGGCAUCGGGACCAUCAUCGGCUCCGCCAUCUUUAACGCCCUCGGCGUGGCCGCAAUCGGCGGCAUUGCUGCUAUCAGAGUAAUCAAAAUUGAGCCUGUGCCAGUUACUAGAGACGUUCUCAUUUAUAUUGUCAACGUUAGCGUUCUGGUGGUCAUCGUGUGGGACGGUCAGGUGGACUGGUACGAAGCUCUGGUACUGGCCAUAUUGUACGUCCUCUACUUCAUCCUUAUGUUCAACAGCGUGCGGCUUUUCAACUUCCUUAGUAAGCUAUUCAACAAGUGCUUCAAGCGCCAAACUGAAGACAUAAACGACAGGGCGAGCAUUCCCAAUACAGAAGAACUUGACAAACCUGUGGAAGAAGGCGUAGACAAAGAUUCCAACAGCCGUGCCGUCAAUGGCGAUAGCAAGAAUGUAGACGCCGAUGACUCAAGUAAGCCUAAGAAGAGUUGGUUCAGGUUCCCACAAGAGAAGGGCUGGCUAUAUAAAUGUUGGUGGCUGUACACUAGGCCGCUGAAGGUGCUGCUGGGAAUGACGGUGCCCUCGCCGGUCACGAGGCGGAAGUGGUACCCGUUCGCUUUCUUCAUGUGCAUCAUCUGGAUCGGAGUCAACUCCUACUGCGUCACGUGGAGCAUGACAGUUCUAGGUCACACAUUCUUCAUUCCCGACUCGGUGAUGGGGAUGACAUUCCUGGCCUUCGGAGGGUGCCUACCAGAAGCGUGUUCUAUAUUCAUCAUGUCUAGAAGAGGCGAAGGCGGUAUGGGAGUCUCGAACGCGUUAGGGGCCAACUCUUUGGCUAUUUUGUUCGCCUUGGGUUUGCCCUGGCUGAUCCGCACGCUGACGCUGCUUGCGCGGGGCGAAGAUGCCGUCGUGUACAUAAACUCUACUGGCAUCGACUUUGUAGUAGGCUCUUUAUUAGUAGCGGUCACAUGUCUUUGGAUAACUCUAUACAUAGGAAAGUUUACUCUCAGGAAAACAGUGGGCUGUGUUCUAGCUGUAUUUUAUACAAUUUUCAUAACUUUUGCUAUUCUUGUCGAAAUGGGCAUAAUCUUGGAUAGAGCAGUCGCAUUCUGUGGUUAAGGGGCUAGUAAACUGAUAACUCUUAUACAAGUUUGUAAAUAGUAAAUAUAAUUUUGCCUUAUUUAUUUAACAUUAUCCGACUCUAAACCCAUCCUAUAUUCCUCCCAGAUAAUUUAUUAUAUCAAAUAUUAGCUGGACGAUUUUGUGGAUGGUUAAAAAUAGAAUGGAAC